AUGAGUGUUCAUCAAGUUAUAACAGGUGCAUUGAAUCGGGGCGAAAAUGUUUUUGCGGUUGGCUCAAUUGACGGUAUAAACUUUACGGUUUGUGCGGUAGGAGCUGACGUUGUCAUAUUAUCAUCAACAUUUGAGCGUAUUCAAGUGAUACCUGGUUCAUGCCAUGACACUGCCGAACGUAUCGUUCGUUGCGUUAAUUGUUGUCCCGAUUCGGGAAAGAAAGUGAAUUAUCGAUGGUAUGAAACACAAAGUUUAGCGAUGGAUUGCGCGGUAGGGCCAGUAUUGUGGAAUUUAGAAGGGUUGCGGUUGUUGGUGUGUUGUGCAAAUAGUUUAUUAUUGUAUCAGCAUUCAUCGUUAUCAACUCUUGUCAACAAUCAUAUCCCACAACCAAAUACGUUACAAGCACCGGUUAUGUUCAAUAUUAAUGAAGAGGAUCAUGAAACGCAGCAGCCAAAUGAAGUGACGACGAGCACGCAACCUGCAUGGGAAUGUGUUUGGUCGGUACAAAUGUCAGCACCACCAAAAUUUAUUCGUUAUUCACCCGAUGGAACACUGUUCGCGACGUGUGGUGUCAACGAUCGAAUGGUGAAAAUUUGGUAUCAAGAACGAGAUUCAUUGAAUAAGUCAAGUUCGAUUCAAUUCAGCUUCACCUAUUUGCAACAUCCAUUACCUGUAUGCGGAUUCGAAUGGCGUAAAAGUGGGCGAUACAUGUCGAGACGUUGUGUACAGAACGUUUUAUUGACGUGGUGUGAGGAUAAUACGGCUCGUUUAUGGAAGGAAACACCAAUAAUCAGUUCAACAUUGCAAGUGAAUAAUGAGACGGCAUUAAGUGAUAAAAGUUCAUUCAUGAAAAAUGAAUCAAAAAGUAGUCGAAUGCGGAGUGCACGUUUGAAAAUGAUUGCGCGUCUGAAGAAUGUUGUUGAUGAUAAAAGGAAGAAAUUGAAUGACUGGCGAGAUGAUAGUAUUAUGUCUAUACCUCCACCAUCACCCUUAUUACCAACCAGUUCUUCUUAUGCAGAUGUGACGAAUUCAAUGCCGAAUGCAACAGCUAUACAUUUUCAUUUGACUGCAUCAAUUAAUGCUGAAAAUGAUUGCCUUUUGGUGCCAUCAAUGGAAAAUACGUUAGCGGGACAGAAGCCAUUCGUUGUGCAUUGGUUGAAUAAUAAAGAACUUGUUUAUGCGAUUGGUGCAGAAAAGUUAUUGGCUGAAGCAUUAGUAGCGAACAGCAGUAAUGAUAACAAUCAAUUUUCUGGUGUAAAUGUUGAUGGUGGUGCUAUGGAUUCGACGAAUAAAACACUGAUUUGUUACGUGCAAGACUAUGCUCUGUUGAAAGAUGCGAGCUCGAGUCUUUAUUGUGUUUUAGCGAUGCCAACAGGAAACGAUAAUGCAUCAAUAUCAUCAGCCAUAAUGAUGACCACAAGUUCGUCGUCAAAUGCAGUACCUCCUGCAAGUGACCCAUCAUCGCAGCAACAACAGCACUCAUCAGGAUCAGGUGUUGCAUCGUCAUCUGUGCAAAUAAACGGAUCGUGCGAAGAUGCCCGUCAAACACCAACGUUGCAGCAAGCCACAGCAACUGAUUCUAAUACGAGUAAUCUAACCGUGCAACCAAAUGAUCAUCGUUUCGGUAGGAUUCCAUCGGGUGCAAGUUUAACGGAAACAACAACAUCGAGAGAUUCAUUAGAUUUAAAGUUGGAAAUUUUAAUAAAGCAGUGGCAUAAAUCAAAUGAUAUUCUUUUUGCAAUUCAUCCACUAGAUGGCAGUUUGUUAACGUGGACUGUUGAAUGGCUAGACGAUGCUUGUCGUCAGCCAACCGUAAGUUUCACAUCGCGUUUUCCGUCAGCAUUUCCACUCACAGAUGCAGCAUCGUUGAAUUCAUAUUUGAGUACGUUCAAUCCGCGUGAUCCACUUUAUGUGGACAUCAUUCAGCGAAAUAAUAUGAACAGUAACGAACAGUCAUUAUCAAGCACUCAGCAGCAACAAUUAUCGCGUAGAACAUUGGAGCAACGAAGCAGCAGUUCGUCAAACGUGCUGUAUUUGUUGACGAGUCAUGAGAAUGGUUCGUUGAAUUUGUGGCAUUUAUCAAUGGACGAAAACUCUUAUUUCACGACAAUUUUGAAUAUUUCACAUGCAUCACGAAUGUGUGGACAUCGUUUUCAAAUUUCACAGGUGGUCGCUCAUCAGGUGUUACCAUUAAUGCUAACCGCGAGUCAAUUCGGUGCAAGCAACAGCACAUCGAAAUCAACAACAACUGAAAAUAAGCAAAAUGAAAACAACGGUCGCGCAGAGUUGAUUCUAUGGCGUAUUAACCCGGUUGGUCCUUUGUGCAAGAAUGGCGGUGUUCGUGAGUUGGCGCGUAUGACGUCACGUACGUCUACAUCGUUCACUUCAAUCGCGUGGAUACCAACUAUAUUACCGAGUUGUACGUUAGGUUCGGUGUGUAAUUCACCAAGUUCAUGUUUCGUAGCCAGUGAACAAGGCACACUGCAAGUUUAUCAAGCAAUUGUUGAUGCGGCUGGUCUACUCUCCGAAAUCUACACAUCUGAAGUGCAUGCGAGUAUGCAUUCGUCCAUUGAUAUGAGCCGUAGUUCAAAUGAGAGCUCAGCACCAACUGAUGAGAAUAGCUCGUUAAUGAAUGCGAAUCGACAAAGCAAUCUGAAAGAAACGUUCAAUGUUGUGUCAACGCAGUCAACUGCUAAACCGGGAUGUGUUCUGAAACUAGCUGAAAUUUCUGAUGCUCAACAUGAUCCAAGCAAUCUCUUACUGCUACACGUCUUCAAUGAGCGUUUAAUAUUCGGUCAAGAAACUGAAGAAAGUAAAAAAUCACUAGCGAAUAAUGGCGUAUUGAUCAGCAAUCAAUUGAAAUCGACAAAAUUCUCGGAGCGAUUCUUUAUUGUGAUCGUUGAGAGAAUUGGUAAUGUUGCAAGGUUACGUAUGUGGUCACUGAACGUUUCAUCAGAGCAACCGCAGCCAAUCAAGAAUUACGAUGUGGAUGAGAAUGAGGAUGUACCAAAUGGCAGCACGGCGAAAACUCACGAUUCCGCAACACCAUGUUGUCGUAAUGAAGCGGUAAUACCAUCGAUGGCGCAACUGAUAUUGAGUUCACAAAAAGUUUGCGAUCAAGAACUGGAAAUGCCGAAUGGAGUUCACAUGCUUUCAAUGGUCGCUUCAGCUGGCCAUCUGCCGUCAGCGAAUUUGUAUCCCGCUUGUAAAGCACCUUAUCUGUUAUUGUCGUCGUGUUCCGAUGAGAGAAUUCGAUUCUGGAAAUGCACUCAGCAGAAAAAGAAAUGUGUUAAUGGAACGCAAAAAUGGAAAACUGUUUAUUCGUGGCAUAUAUGGCGAAUGAUCAGUGACACACUUGAAUCGGAUCUUGAAAUGGAUGGUGAAAUAUUCAGUGUUUCGGCAGCACACAAUGGUCGCUUUGCGUGUGCGUAUAUGCCAGAAGGACUGAUUAAAGCUGAUUCAAUGGCACGCAGUAUAAAAGUUGGUGUUUUCGAGUGUGAAUCUUCGGGAGGUGUGGAGUGGCUCCGAGAGGAUACAAUCGUCAUGCCUUUGUUGAAGCAAUGUGUUGGUGCGCAGAAUGGCGUAUUAGAGGCAGUGAGUGGGGCUCAACGAACUUUUGAGAAGAUGCGUGCGAACGAUUUGAUACGUAUUGACUGGGUAUCGACGGAGGAUGGUGCGCAUAUUCUGACGAUUGGAGUUGGUGCAUCAAUAUAUAUGUAUACACAAGUAUCACAAGGAAUUGCACAGCGUAAUAUCGUGAUGAUGAAAGAGCACGAAUCUGCAUAUGCAAGACGUCGUGCGCCACUCAGAAAAGCAUCGUCAUUGGCUGAACCUGAACGUAUCUCAACUCGUUUAGUACGUUGGCUGUGUAUUCGGUAUUUGGAGUUGAAUUCGGCCGACGGUUUAGCACCAUUACCAACAGCAAUAACGUGGGUACGUGAUGGUUUGUUGAUUGUUGGUAUGCACAGUGAAAUGCGCGUCUAUAAUCAAUGGAAUUUUGGUACAAACGCUACAAUUCAAACCGGCAACGCCAGUUCAACAGAAACCGAAAAAUCAAAAGAUCAUUCAACAAAGAAGAAGGUGACUCCAACGAAUCAUUUGCAAUUACCUGUUUUGAGCAUAAGUCCAUCACACUCAAUGCUCGAUCAGCUCUCGAAAAAGACCAAAGCUGAUACGGGUUCAGCGAAUAAGCAGCAGAAACUUCUGAAAGAGAUCAUGCAUCGAGUGAUAUCUUCACCACGAGAUCUGCAAGAUCUACUGCUUACGUCAAAAGACGAGCAUGUACUAAGUGCGGUUAGUGACGAGGGUUUAUUCGAAGCAGCACGCUUAACAAGUCCAAUUCUACCGCAAUAUCAUCCGAAACAACUGAUUGAAUUGUUGAAUUUGGGUAAAACAAGAAAAGUGAAAGCGAUUUUACUGCAUGUUCUCAAUUGUUUGAAGCAGUCGAAUGUGUCAAUCCCGAACCCGUUAUCACGUGCUGCCUCACUUCGUCGUAUGUCCGUAUCAGAUGCACCAGCCACAGAUUCAACACAAUCAAAUGCAUCUCAGAAUGCGGAAACGAGUCGAAGCGCUACAGUCACUAUGUCGGAUCUUCAUCAGUUCGAUGAUGUGAAUAAUUUGGAAUAUGAAGAAUUGGACGGUAUUGCACCAUUACCACUCUAUCUACUGAUGUCGGCCGAUAAUGCUAGUGCUGAGGCGAACGAAGACGAUCCUCAAAUGGCGGAAAAUAUUGAUAGUGAAAAUCAAUACAAAACUUUGUUCGAUAAUGAACCAGAAGAGGAUGAUCUGGACGAGAUGUUGGGAAUGAGUAAUGAGGAUCGUCAAUCGUCAUCACGUCAACGAUCUCGUUCAAACUCGGUUUGUUACACCGGCGCUUCACCGGGUGCACUCGCAACAACCGAUCGUGUUUCGACCAUCUUUACGGCACGCCAUAAUCGUCUCUUAACUGAAUUUCUCACUCAUACGCAUUUACCAGGUUUAUCGAGCGUUGAUCAAAUGCAUUUGUUAGCCGUCGCAGAUACAUUAAGCCAUUUUUCGGCUGAUGUCAUGGACAAGCUGGCACAAGCGAAUGCUGCAUUUCAAAGCGCUCAAACAACAAGUGUAUUUGGUGAGGUGAACACAGCCGCAGCAACAUUGGGCAGUGAGACGGUUGACGAAUGCGGUCUGAGGUUUCUAAUGGCGAUGAAACAACAUGAAUACCUUCUGUUGUGCCUUCCACUUAAGCAAAAACAGAUUCUCAAACAGAAAGGUUUAUCAUCAUCGAAUAUAAUAUGGGCAUUGCAUUCGGAGGCGGAAACUGAGUUGCUGAAUGCGAUUCCUUGCUCACAUAAGACACAACCAACGUGGAGCGAGUUGAGAUCACACGGCGUCGCGUGGUGGCUCAAAAAUACAUCCUCUGUACGAAUGGUUGUUGAAAAGUUGGCCAAAUCAGCGUUCCAGCAAAAUCAAGAUCCGAUGGACGCAUCGCUCUAUUAUAUGGCAAUGAAAAAGAAAAAUGUGCUGACGCAUCUAUUUCGGACAGUGAAAGAUCAAAGAAUGGCGGAUUUCUUCGCGCAGAACUUUAUGGAAGAACGUUGGAAGAAAGCGGCAUUAAAGAAUGCUUUCGUUUUGAUGAGUAAGCAACGAUUCGAACAUGCGGCUGCGUUCUUCCUAUUGGCUGGGUCACUUAAAGAUGCCAUUCAGACCGUAUUGAGUAAGCUGCACGAUCUGCAAUUAGCAAUGACAAUAAUACGUCUGUACGAGAGUGACUACGAUAAGCAGUGUGUACUAAUGCGUGAUCUGUUAUGUCAUGAGGUAUUGGGCGUUGAACCGAGUGAGUUCGAUGCGGCUGAUCGUUGUCUGAUUGGCAGUGAGCAUGAUCCGAUCACGCAGUCUACGAACGCUUGUGGUGAUCCAUUCGAACGUUCGAUGGCCUUCUGGCAUUUGAAAGAAUAUUCUCGUGCAGCAGCGACGCUGGUAGAAGAGGGUGCAAAGAAACGUUUUGAAGAGCAAUCGUCUGCGACUGAUUGUUCCCUAUCGGAUAUCUUCAAUUUUUAUUCGUUUCUUCGAAAUCAUCCAUUAGUAGUUAGACAACGACUUGCCGAUGCUGGUAUUCAAAUGGGUUCGACAGAAGAGUUUUUGGCAGUGGCAAAGCGAUUGGGCGCAAUGGUGACUCCAGCCGAACGUCGGUUGUAUUUUCGAACAGCUAGUGCGCAUAUGGCAAAUGGUUGUCCAAUGCUGGCAUUAGAUGUGUUGAUGCGAUUACCGAGGUUCAUCAAUAUGGUUGUGCCUGGGACGGGUGCUUUAUCAACGUUGGCCAGUCGCAAUACGCAACAACGGGUUGACGGCAAUACGACGACAAUGAAUAAAGGUGGAGGCGAGACCAUGGAUUGGUCGGCUCCAACGAACGUAAUUGACAGUGAUGAACUGAAAUUGGAUUGGAGCAGCGAUGAAGAAAAUGCUGAUCAAGAAGGUGGUGCUGAUAAAGCAGUUGAAAGUCACGGUGCUCAACCCAAUGGUACGGUGUAUGACAAUGCGGCGGAUGGAUUGAAACGAAAGGAGGGCGAAUUGGAAGAGGACGAUGGUGGAAUGAUAGACAUAGUCGCACAACAUCUGAAGUUUGUGGCGUCCAUUCGUAUAAUGACCGAAGAAAUGUCGACAUUAGCAAGUGGUUUUGAAGUGGACGGUGGACAGUUAAGAUUCCAGUUAUUCAAAUGGUUAGAAAAAGAAGUGGAAGUAUUGAAAGAAGUUUGUGAUUAUCAAAAUAAUGUUGAUGAAACGGCGUAUGCAGCACUAACGGAGGAACCGGAUGAUGCAGAUGAUUUAGUACAGCAGUCUGAACAAAUUAAAGUAGGUGAGCGUUUCAGUUCGACAACGCCGAUUGUUCCGUUGCACGAAGCGCUUCGUAAUGAUCGUUUGGAUUUAGCGAUACGAAUACGUAGCGCAAUUAGACGCAGAUAUUGGUUGCAGUCGAAUCAGAAACUUUUACAGCCAAUGCCCGUCGUGCAUUCAUUUCCAUUGUUAAUUGCAUCGGUUGCUUCUUGUAAAAUGUUCGUCUCCUCACCACUCCAUUUCAUCGAAAACCAAUGCUCUGAUCUCAUUCUAACAAUCACCGAAAUUGAAGAACCACCUCAACCUAAUAAUUGUCUUGCGAAAGUGUAUAAAUUAUACAAUUUGUGUCAAGGUUUAUCAUCUUGUCUGUAUCAAUCAUUAUGCGACAUUGGUAAUUUUAAUUUACCACUCACAAAUCAACAACAACAGAACGGUGCUUUAACGAGACACCCACGACUUAUAUCGCUGAAUGAAGACGUUCAUGUAACAACUGUACCGGCAAAAUGGCCAGGUGUUGACAAUUUAGUGGACCUAUUGAAUAGAACAAAAGAUGAAGAAACACCCCAGCUGAGAUUAUUACUUGUGGAAACUUUUGUUGCGAUAACAAUGUCGCUAUUUGCGUAUGCAUUCACUGCGUACGACGCAAGGUGGUUGUAUCGGUUAGCGGCACAUGUUAUUGAUGCGAAACAAUUUGCGAAUAUUUUUGGUGGUGGUGGUGAGAAGAAGUUCAAAAUUAUCCCGCCUGUUCGACCACCGAGACCUUCUUACCAGCCUCAUCGACCAUCCACAAUUUCAUCAUCAACAACAGCACCAAACAUGGUUCAGACUGAUGGUACUCGAGAACAACAGAAUAUUAUUACAUCAACUAGCGACAACUUGUCAAUUGAUUCGCGGGCAUUUAGAGCCAAAUUUCAUGCGAGGGUUUUUGGAAGUGACUCACCGAUCAAUCUACCACCCGGAGCACCAUCAAAAGCAAUUAGUGCUGUUAGCAGUGUAAGAGGCUCAUCUUCAAAGCAGGCGUCGAUUGCAAGUCUGGGCGCAUCUGAGCAAGUCGUCUAUCGUUGGGUACCACCCAACAAAAACAUUGUUCAGAUGUUCGCUGAGAAGCCACUGGUAAAAUGUAAAGAAGAAUUGGGUGUCGAUUACGAUUCAGAUGAUCAUCAAAGUGAUUUGGACGAAAGUUUGAGUGGUGAUGAUGACAGUGAUAAUGAUGGUGAAUCAGAUGUGGAACGUAGAGAGCACAAUAAUUUGGAUGGUUAUGCAUGGUUGUUGAUGCGAAUUGCUUUAUUGCAUCAACAACUUUAUCGUUUGAGGCAGUUCAUUAUACUGGCUGGAUUUGAUCCAUCUGAAUUGCCAAUGAUAGCUCCACGUAUUGACUCAGUGUUUAAGUUGUUAAACAGUUGGGCACAGCAACUCGAUGAGAUGUUGAAUAAUUAUGAGGGUGGAUGUCCCACUGAUAUACUACCAAAUACAACGUUGGAUAAUACGGAUAAUCAUUUAGGUCCGUCGUUACGUAAAUACCGCACACUGAUAGAACCCGGCAAUACGCCGUUUGAAGGUGAUGACCCAACGGCGUUACCCGUACGUCGAUUGUGGGCGUAUUUGGUACGGCAGGAACAUCUAACGAGAAUUUUUAUACGGCAUAUUUUUAGUGGAAAGGGACAAAUCAUGGAACAAGAACGUAUUCGAACUGAAAGCGCGAUUGGUGCAGAUGUUGAACAGUCGAUGGUACCUGGUGCUUUCAAGCUAAUUCAACGAGAACAUGAACCGAUUGCUGCGUUCGCAUGUAGCCAGGUAAAACCGGGUUGUAUAGUAGUUUCAACGACAAGAGAACUUCAAGAAAUGGAUUUGAGCACAUUUUUCGAUGAAUGUAAAAAUACGAGCGGCUCAUCGUGGUUAAGUAAUCGAACAGAAUUGGAUAUUGCUUUGAGUGAUAUCAAAAAGGAUCCGCUCAAGGAUAACGAUGAUUAUCAACUAUUUUUGGACGGUGGACAACACUCAACGUCGGCCAAUAUCAUAACUCCAUUUAUCGUUGAUAGAAGUCGUAAGGCUCUCUUAAAGUCAUUAAAACGACAAGUGGGUGGUAUACGACGUAUGGACUCGCAUCCAUCAUUACCAUAUUAUUUGAGUGGCUCAGCAGACGGCUCAAUUAGAUUAUGGGAAUGGGGCGUUCCACAGCCGUUAUUUACACCGCGUGUUGCUGGACAAUAUGCUAAAGUAACAAAAGUUGUCUUCUCGGCGAAUGGUAAUAAAUUGGCUGCAGUAGACGGUGAUGGACUACUAUGUUUGUGGCAAGCCAGUCAUGGUUUACCGAUACGAAAGCCAUUCUUUAAUCAGAAAUGUCAUUCGAAAUCAGCAGCAGACGUGACAUUCAUCAGUUCAUCGUCAUCAGUUCUCGUAACGGCCGGAUGGGGUUCUGGUGAUCAAAACUUGGCAUUAUGGGACACUUUAAUGCCACAAUCAAAAGCAAUGGUUCAUUGUUGGACGGCGCAUUCCGAAGGCGCUUCUAGUCUCGUCUACUUACCAACUCAGCAGACAGUUGUUUCGGGAGGACGUCAUGGAGAGUUGUGCAUCUGGGAUAUAAGACAACGACAACACCGCGCCACAGUGAAAUGUUUCGAAGGGAAUGCUGUAAAAUGCAUUUGCGCUGAAGCAUCGCAACCGUACGUUGUGGUUGGAUCAAGCGACGGCGAUAUUAAAGUGCUGAGUAUGGAAAGUAUUCAACAGCCACAAGUGUUGCUGCAAUUAAACGGUGAGCACGCAACGCGUGGUGGUUUCAGUCUUCGUCACGUUGCUACGGGCAGUAUUCAAGGUGUGCAACAACUUUACUUGGACUCACGAAUACGUCUUUUUUCAUGUGGUGCUGAUUGUUCAUUGAAGUGCAGACCGCUAUCGAGUUUUUGGACUUGA